GGGUGGAGGAGAAAGGAGAAGGAGGGAGGAUAGCAGUUUUUCUUCAUCCUUCGCUUCUGCGGACAUUUCCCUGGAAGAAUGGGGGCUGGGGCGCUCACCAUCUGUCACAGCAAGGCAGCGGUGCAGAUCAGGGAGGACAUGAAGAGGAUGGUCCAGCUGCCGACGCUGCGGGGGAUCCCCGGCGGAGCCCGGGGAGCGCGGGCCGAGGGGGGCGGUGUGUUCGGCGUGCCCUUGCUGGAGCUCAGGGAGCAGGGCUUGGUGAAGGACGGCGUGCCCCUGGUGGUGCGGAGCAUGGUGCGGUUCCUCCGAGACCACGCCCUGCACCAGGAGGGUCUGUUUAGGGUGAACGGUAACGUCCGGGCCGUGGAGGUGCUUAAACAGCGCCUGGAGAGCGGCGAGGACGUAAAUUUCAUGGAUGAGGCAGACGUGUGUACGGUGGCCAGCUUGCUCAAACAGUACGUCAGGGACCUGCCAGAAGGCCUCGUUGACUCUACUGUGCAGAAUGCCUUGAUACAACAGCACCAGCAGAGCAGUGAGGAUGGGUUCUGCUCAGACCUGAAGGACAUCCUACGACGGCUUCCGGACCAACACUACAGCCUCCUGCGGUACCUCUGUGUCUUUCUCGCCCAGGUGGACCAGCGCCACCAGGAGAACCGCAUGACCGCUCUCAACCUGGCAACCGUCUUCGGCCCCAACGUCUUCCAUGUGUCUUCGGGGUUCGACGGAAUACAGGAGCAGAACAUCUGCAAUAAGAUCAUGGCCAAGUUGAUACAGAACCACGUCGUUAUCUUCAACCACAACCAUGAUGAGUGUCAGGAGCCCAAAGAAGAGCACAUCGUCUUCCAAGACCAUAGCACAGAACCUAUCGGAGAUGCUGCCAGCGAUGUUGACAGAGGAGACAUACCAGACCCUUUACGCUCUAACCUCAUCAUUGUUAAAGAGGCCAAGGAUUCCCUGUGUAAUGGGACAGACCCGAUCGGACUCGGGAGGACACCAAGCACUCUGACUCCUCCUACGAAGAUGCCAAAAAACACACCCAUUCCUAGGAAGAAAGAGGCCGCGGGCCACAGCGCACCAGACAAAACGAAUGAAUCAAAGGAACCAUCCCGUGAGCAGGCCAUCGCCACCCACAGGAAAAAGAAGGUGAGGAAGGCGAGAGGUGAGCCAGCGGCGGGGCUUCAAGCCGUGCCCGUUCCGAAUCGUUCCACUGGGCUGCCCCAUCUGAGGCCCCUGCCUCUUUCUCCAGCUCCCCCCGGUCACCGCUCCCCGAGGGUGAUGACCUGCAGCACGGAGAGGAUGGCGGUGGCAACCGCCGGGGCGAUGGGCGACCGGGACAUCAGCGCCGUCAAGACCAGGGAGACUCUGUCAAGCUCCCAAGAGGAAGACGGCAGACCCAUAUCUCCUUUCUACAUGAGCAGCCAUCUCUCACCUGCCCAGUGCAGACCUGACCUGAAUAGUGUCCUGGAGAAGACCAUCAGGUCAGCUGUGGAGCAGCACCUCUUUGACGUUCGCAUGUGUGAAAACAGCGAAGGUUUAACCGGAGACUCCGAGUCGAUCCGGUGCCGUUCAUCGCCCCCGGUAAACACGACGGCUCGGCAGAGACGCCGGUACCAGAGGGAGCAGGAAGAAGCUCAGAGACAACUGGACAGAAGCGGUUGUGGACAUAAAACAAACACUUCCAAAGGCAGAUCGUCGUCCCUGAGGGAAGGAGACGUCAACAAGGAGAACAUACCAGCGAGUGGCGGUUUCAGCGGAGCUAGCCUCGAUAGCCUUAGCAUGUGUGAGGAAAGCGGGAGGGGGAGCUGCCAGGCCAGCCACCAAGGGCUCCGCCACAGAAGCCUGAGACCCUGGACGACUAGACACGGCACUGGCCCCCAGAGCCCCAUGGUCACCCAGGUCGGGGGAAAUCAGGAUACGCUAAAGGAAUGCGUCGGCAUAGCAAGAGCACAGGGCAGAGCUUGGACUAACAACAUGGAUUCAUUGGGUGAUGGAAGUGACAGUCAAAGAAAGGACUCCAGUCUUCCUCUGACUGCUUCAUGGUCGCGGCUCGUUAGCAUGAAGAUCCAGGAGCAGCCCAGCAGCUGUGAGACGGUCGACCGGAGGGGGGUCGUCGGCCGGAGCUCGGACCAGGAACGCGGGGAGAGCUGCGAGGACGUACCCCGCCUGGACCUCUCAGCCCUGACCGAGGAUAAGACCUGGGGAGAUUCCCCAUUCUUUAGUGCCCCUUUUCUUGAUUUCAAAAGCAUUUUCCAGUCGAGUUUCUAUGGGGAGCCAGUUCCAGCCUACUCAUCCUGGCAGAGGGAGAGCAUGGACAGUGACGAGGCAUGCAUAUCGCCCCAGGUUGGGGGCCGUCUAAUUCGCCAGCUUAUUGAAGAGGAUAGCGACCCCAUGCUGUCCCCCCGUUUCCAUGCCUACGGCCACUGCCAGCAGUACCUAGAUGACACUGAAGUUCCUCCCUCGCCACCCAAUUCACACUCAUUUUCCAGUCGAAGGAGGAGUUCAUCUCUGGGCUCCUGCGGUGAUGAUGACAGGGAGGAGCUGACUUCAGCCCAGCUUUCAAAGAAAAUCCACAGUCUCAAGAGAAAAAUACGAAAGUAUGAGGAGAAGUUCGAGGAGGAGCGCAAAUACAGGCCAUCGCACAGCGACAAGGCGGACAACCCAGAGGUACUGAAAUGGAUGAAUGAACUGGAAAAGCUGAAGAAAGACCUGAAAGAGCACAAGCUACACAAGUCUGAGGAGGAUCUUCCCACAAUGACUCGCCAGCGCAGCAACACCCUGCCCAAGAGCUUUGGUUCCCAGCUGGAGAAGAAGCCCCAGCAGGAGAAGGUUCCCAAGCCUCCGGUGGAGAGCACCCUGGAGGUUGUCCAGAUCAAGCUGCAGGAGAAGAGGAAGGAGGUGGGACGGCCUGAGGACAUCAAGGACAUGACACGAGAACAGAUCAGUGCUGAGAAGGUGGCCCUACAGAAGGCUCUCCUGUACUACGAAGGCAUCCAUGGUAGACCGGUUACUAAGAUGGAGAGACAGAUCAUGAAGCCCCUCUAUGACAGAUACCGCCUGGUUAAACAGAUCCUCUGCCGGGCUUCCACCAUCCCCGUCAUUGGUUCUCCCUCAAGCAAACGCAGAGGUCCUCUACUUCAGCCCAUUAUCGAGGGCGAACCAGCGCUUUUCUUCGACGACAUCAAGGAGGAGGAGGAUGGUUCUGAGGAUGACUCCGAGUCCACCAACAAGCCCCAGUCCCCGGUGAUGGUGCGUUCAGACUUCGGCAUGAUCGGCUUCCUGGAUCAGCUGGAGGAAGAAACGGACGGCUUCAUUUCGCCCGUCGACGACCUGUCGCCCUCCAAGAACAACAGCGACAUGCGGCUGUCCAACCUACACUCCGCCACCAUGCCAGAACUUGUGGAGCAGCUCCAAGAAGCCCGGGAGGAGAAGAAGAGAAUCCGCAAGAAUUUAAGAGAGUUUGAGGAGCAAUUCAUGAGACAAAAUGGAAGAAACGUGCAGAAGGAAGAUCGCUCCCCUUUGGCGGUGGAGUAUAAUGAAUACAAGCACAUCAAAGCCAAGCUCAGGCUCCUGGAAGUUCUCAUAAGCAAAAGAGACGUCUCUAAGUUCAUUUAGAAACAAAAACCUCACAGACUGACCGGGGAAUGAAUAAGGUUCAGUUUCCAGAAGAGAGAAACCCCACCAGCCCAAGUGAAAGGAGAGCCAUCCAUAGCAGAAACCUAGUAGAAACCUUGCAAUAACCUUUUCUUUCUUUCUUGUGCCAUAAAUACUUUUGGCUCGAGGAGAUGCCAACUUGUUUCCCCCUGAAUCCAAACUGUAGGACAGAGACAGUAUGGCUCCUCCCCCAGAGUCCCAGAGACCGCUUUUGACCUUCAAGGUAUUGGAACAGAUAUGUUGAUUCUGCUCUGGAGGCUACUCCAUCACGCCUUUUCACAUUGUACCCGAGAACCCUAGAAUGUAAAAUGGUGGACAUCGAUGAAAGAUGUCUGACCAAUGCCAACCCUUUGUCAAAGGAGGGGGGAAAAAAAGAUGCUUUUUGUGCAUCUUGAUGUUGAUUGAAGCUGAGAAUUCCCAUACAGUAAAGAAUCACUAAUUUAACGGAUACAUUUACAAAAGUGUUUUGUAUUAUUUAUUUUUCUCCUUUGAUUGUUUAUAUGGUAGUAUAUACUUUUUCAUUGGAUCAGAAUUUUUGAUUUUCCUCAUUGUUUUAGGAAUCAUGUCUUAAAAAAAAGUGUAAAAUUAGAUUUGGGAUUAUGUGCUUUAGGGUAUUGCAAUUUUCAAAACAAACUUUUUGUAAUCAACAUCUUUCACUUACAAAAUGUUAUUUUUUUGUAUUUUGUAAGGGAGACGGUUAAACCAGUAUACAAGCAACCAAUCAGAAAACCAGUCUUGCCAUGUUCCAUUGAUUGAUGCCUGGUCAGGUAGCUUGUGAUUGGUCCCAUAAUAACACAAGCGUCAUGAACUAAAGAUGUUUUUACCAAUGCUUCUUUUUGUUGUUUUCAGAAAUUGCGUGUAUUUUUGGCAUAGCAACUAUGAGGAUGUCUGAUGAGCAUUAAUUUGUUUAAACUAGGAACUAUAAUUAACAGGAAAUGCAAAAAAAGUAGUAUAAUGUCUUAUGAUCCAAAGAGAAUUAUUCAGAUUGCAUACCAAAAUAGUAUAGUGGGUCAAUGUUAAAACUUCAUAGAUCAGCUAUUGUGAUCCUAUACAUCGAUCACUUAGGUUAUGCAUUUGACUGCCUGUAUAUAAUUUAGCAUUGAUGUUUUCUUUUCCAUUCACUUUGUGUAAAAAAAAAUAAGCUAUCCUGUCUUGAAAUCACUGGUAUCUUUUUGCUCGCAUAGUUGAAUAAUGACAAGGGCCAUUUUGUACAGAAUUCCAUCCAUCCUUGAAGAAAUCUCCUAAUAACUCCUCAUUCAAAAUGGCCGCCAACCCCUGACUUUGAUACUCAACCAGGGCCAUGCUGCUUUCUUUCUUUAUGUAGGACUUUUAAUCUCAUAACCCAUUUGUUCCUUGUAAAUAUGGAUCCAGGUCUAUGUUUACAUUUCUAAGUGGGCAAGUACAUUUUUCCUUUUUCUCCUAAAAAUGGAUAAUUUUAACAGUGUGACUAUCGUUUUUAUUGAAUGUGAAACACUGGUGGAUAUAAUGAAUUAUGGGUGUGUACAUUUUAGUACAUAAAUUGUAUUUGUAUUUUGUACAUAUAAUAUAAAACCAAACAUAUUUUUA